CUAGCUGAACGUGGCAUCACAAUGAUCAUAUGAUUUGUUUAUAUUUAGCUGUCAACUCACAGGAAAAAUACUUUUCUUUUUCAGUUCUUAUAAAUGUUCUCAGAUUUAUAAAAUUUUUUUUAAUGAAUUAACUUAAGAAAGUUAGAAGUCACAUUUGGCUUGUAAAUUAAAAUUUCUUUAGUAGAAAAUAUGGAAGAAAUUUACGCGGGUAAAUUUUAAUUCGAAAUUUAUUUUGGGAAUUUUAUAUCACUCGACGACACUACCGACGGUUUAAUUAGUUACGAAUAAUAUUUAACUGAAAUUGUGAAUUACAGUCAGUAUAGGACGCUUGUACACCGCAAUUAAAGUUGUUGUGUUCCUAAUGAUUUUCCAAAUAUGUAUCGAAUAUGAUUUGUCAAAAACACCAUUCACAAGUUUAAUUCAACCUUGUAUAGCCUAUGAACCAUGUCUUCUUGAUUAUGUUGAGUUUAAAAGAGUUACAGAACCAAUCUGGCUGCUGGGGAAAAAAUAUAAUAUACAAACUGGUGAUGAUUUUGAGAAAUUAAAUAAAGAUAUGCAGAGCCUGCUGUGGUUUACUUACAGAAAACAGUUUCUUCCCAUAGGAGAGUCUAAUCUGACAUCUGAUUCUGGAUGGGGUUGCAUGCAUCGAUGCGGCCAAAUGAUAAUGGCACAGGCCAUGACGAGGAGACAUCUUGGAAGAGAAUGGAAUUGGAAACCGGGUUGUUCAAAUGAAGCAUAUCAGAGAAUAUUACAGAAGUUUGAUGACAAAAUUGAAAGCCAGUAUUCUAUUCAUAAAAUUGCUCUUAAAGGUCAAACGUUAGAGAAAAGAGUUGGUCAGUGGUUUGGGCCUAACACUGUAGUGCAAGUGCUUAGGAGAUUGAUUGAAGAAGAUGUUGAAAAUGACAUAUCUAUACACGUUGCUAUGGACAAUAUGGUCAUUAAAAGUGAAAUAAGAAAAUUGUUUAGAGUGGAGAAGCGAUGUUCUUCUAGUCAAGAAUCAGAAAGUUCAGCUGUUUUACUUACUAUACCUUUAAGGUUAGGCUUAUCAGAGAUCACACCAGUAUAUUUUGAAAAGCUAAAGGCAGUCUUUACCUUGAAUCAAACAUUAGGGAUCAUUGGCGGAAGAACAAAUCAUGCAUCUUAUUUCAUAGGCUAUGCAGGAAGUGAAUUGAUUUACUUGGACCCCCACACCACUCAACUCUAUAAAAAUAGUGGUCCAAUGGAUGAUUCCAGUUACCAUUGUCGACAUCCCAGCCGGAUGAGUUUUUCUCAGCUAGAUCCUUCCAUUGCUGUGUGUUUUUACCUUGAAAACGAAGAAGAUUUUAACCAGUGGUGUACAGAGGCACAACAGGCUUUAUUAGAACCUGAAAGAGAUGCAAUCUUUGAAAUUUUGGAAGAAAAACCUCCAAUGUUGCCUUAUGCUGAUGUUGACAGUUAUGAUGAAUGCUGUACAAGUCUUGAUGAUAAAGAUAGAUUAUAUACAUCUGAUGAUGAAUUUGAGCUUCUAAUGUAAUGGUGUGUGUCUUUCUGUAAUUUUGAAUGAAAAUUUAAUAAACAUGUCCAACAUUUGUGACAAACCUAAAGUAUUGUAAAUAAAAUUUAAUGAUUAUAUAUAUAUAUAUAUAUAUAUAAAAUGUACACAGGGGUAGGACGAAAAAAUGGAAACACUUUGAUACUAAGAAAUUUUUUGAUAUUUCUCAAAAAUUUCUUAGAGAAUCAGUUUAUAAAUUUAGAAGUGAUGAGAUCUUGCGAUAUCUCCUACAUUCAAUGAAGUUUAAAGCUUUUCGAGAUUUCAGGGACUGACAAUAAAUUAGAAACGGGGAAAAAAUAAUUUUUAAACACCCUAUGCCGAAAAAUGUAGCUAAAUUUUAUAACUUGUCACAAUUACUGUGGUAAUUAUUUACAAUAAUUGAACAACAUUUUGUAAACCUAGCUUAAAUAUUUAUGGAGAAAUGGGUGUUUUUAAACGAAAUAAAUUUUUUCGUUAUAACUUUAUAGAUAUUCAUUGGAGUUAUA